CCGUAAUAGUUCUCCCACACCAGUCCAAUGUCUGUCACUCCAGCGACGUGAUUUUAAGCAACGCGGUCACUUUAAAGCGCCGUGGAUUUGUUUUCGCCCAGCACCACCUUAAAUAUGUGACGCCAGCAUCUCCAGGACAACAGGUUUACGCUCCAAGGGCUGGGCUAGAAAACGCACUGGUUCUGGCAUCUCUUUCAGUACCACCGCUCUGCUGGACAGAUCCCUGUCGCUAGCUCCAGACUCGUCCCAAAGCCGAAUUGGAAACUCACUGUAGAGGAUCCGCACUUACCACCACCAACUCCGGCAUCCCAGGCACUUCCCCAACCCGGUCCGAUCCGAUCCCGAGCGAAGCCACAUUCGGAGCCGGCAUCAACGCUGGCGAGUGAACCGAGAGCCCACCCUCGACUACACGACUACUGCCGCCAGUGGGAAUCCAAGAUUAGCGGCUCACAGACCCGCAGCCGCCACUUACUGCUACCGGACCCACAGCCUGGCCCAAGUCCCCGCAUCCUAGCGCUUUACGUUGAAGCUGGAUCAGGUACCUGCAGAGAGAAAGAGAGAGAGAGAGAGAGAGAGAGAGUGAGUCCCAGAUCCGGAGUCAGCGACUUCAUCCUACAACCAGCGCUUCACUCCUCGUCAGCGCGGCAGCGGUACACUCCACGCCAGUCUAAAAAACUUAUCAAGCAACAUCAUGGAUGAUAAACCAGACCGUAGAUUCAACAAUCUUAGCUGGAAACAGAUUCAGAGCUUAGACCAAGUCUUAACGGAGGUAAUACCUGUUCAUGGAAGAGGCAAUUUCCCUACUCUGGAAAUAAAGCCAAAAGACAUAAUUUAUAUUGUGAAGGAUCGGCUGGAAGAGAAUGGGAUUACGGUCCAUGACAUUCGUCUUAAUGGCUCCACAGCAAGUCAUAUCCUUGUGAAGCAAAAUGGAACAAGCUAUAAAGACCUUGAUGUUAUCUUCAGAGUCGAGUUGCUUGGGGAGAAAGAGUUCGAGGUGGUAAAGGGAGUGGUAUUGGAUAGUCUCCUGGACUUCCUACCACAAGGUGUCAAUAAAGAAAAGAUCACUGGACUUACUCUGAAAGAGGCCUAUGUUCAGAAAAUGGUUAAAGUUUCCAAUGAUCAUGAUCGGUGGAGUCUCAUCUCCUUGUCUAACAACAGAGGGAAAAAUGUUGAGCUAAAGUUUGUUAAUUCAUUACGCCGUCAGUUUGAAUUUAGUGUGGACUCUUUCCAAAUAAUUUUAGAUUCACUGUUACCGCUCUUCAGCAGUGCAGAGGACACGAUGACAAUGGAGUCUCAUCCAACCGUUGUAGCAGAGAGCAUGUAUGGGGAUUUUCAGGAAGCGAUGGAUCAUCUAAAGUACAAACUGAUUGUUACCCGAAACCCUGAAGAAAUUCGAGGUGGCGGCUUGCUCAAAUACAGCAAUCUCCUGGUUCGAGAUUUCAAACCAGCAUCUGAUGCCGAGAUCAAAAACUUGGAGCGUUAUAUGUGUUCAAGGUUUUUCAUUGACUUCCCAGAUGUAUCUGAGCAACAAAGAAAAAUCGAAUCCUACUUAAGGAACCAUUUCAUCGGGGAAGAGAAAAACAAGUAUGAUUACCUGAUGACCUUGCACCAAGUUGUGAAUGAAAGCACCGUCUGUUUGAUGGGACAUGAGAGAAGACAAACGUUGAACAUGAUCACCCUUUUGGCUCUCAGAGUACUAGGUGAACAGAACAUCAUACCUAACACUGCUAACGUCACUUGCUACUAUCAACCUGCCCCUUACGUCAGUGACCGCAGCUUUAGUAAUUACUACAUAGCACAUGGACAGCCACAGCUUUUGUAUCAGCCCUAUCCACUCCACAUCAAUAUGCAGACUGGUAUGGUUUAGAUUGAAACUGAAUCCAAAAUGCCAGACUUUGAUCCACACCCAAGCUUUUAGAUCUCCAGAGAUCUAAUGAAAGAGGCAGGCUGCACCCUCUUGGGUGUGCCGAUGGUUAUCGAGGAUUAUGGCAAUUUCUGGGUAAACGUUUUCUAAGAUAAUCUGCAAAUGGAUGACCAAACUAUAUGUGUGUCACAUAAUAAACUUAAGUGCGUAUUCAGUACAAAGUAAUCUCACAACUGAAUAUGUACAGACAGGAUUGCAAUGGCAGGGAUAUUGUUUUCUAAAAAAUAAACUAUUGAACCAAUACAGAUAUAGAAAGACAUAUUAAGUGAAAUUAGAUCAUCUGAGUUGUGUUCCUUUGUGCUUGUGUUUUGGUGUUUGUGGUUAAGAUAAGACAUACAUCCUUCCAGUAAAAUUGUAGUUAGUAAAGUGCAACUGUGAUUAGAAAUACCAAGUGCAUAGGAGAGAACCACUUUGUAUUUGAAUUGUUUUGGUUACAUUAGAGUGACUUGCAAUGCAAAGUGCAUGUAGGAAACAUUUCUUCAAUGUGAAAUGACCUGACCAAGUAACAAUUGUGAACCAAAGAUUAUUUGUAAAUAAUGCAUCACCCAAGUGCCUAAACUAUGUAGAUAGGUCAUUUAAACUAUAUUGAAUAAUCAUUUCAGGGUGUGCCAUUAAGUUAUCAUUUGGACUGAGUAUGAGAGAUAAUGCAUUGUCAUUUAUCACUGCCCUUAUUAUGGAAUCAUUAAAGCUUACAGCUAAAAAUUCAGUCCAUUAUGAUUAUGUCAGUAACAUUGGCACAAUGUAAUUUCCACAAGCUAUGUUAUAAUUUUAAGUCUGCGUUAUCUUACAAAUGUUUUUGCCAUUUCAACUGUACCCUUACAAAGCAACUUGUCAACUUCAGGGAAAUGAAUUGAGCCAAAGAGCCAAUUUCAACUUUCCCAGGGAAUACCAUCAUUACAUUUUGUCCAGAAACAAAGUCCUGCUAAAACUGCACAGGAUAGAGCAUGUGUGUUUGGUGCUCAGGGACUAACACCAUUUAUUUAUAUAUAUGUUUAUUAAAAAUAUAGAUCAGUCUCAAUCCAAGGAGUGCUUCUCCUUAAUAUUGCAAUGUGACCAUGUGAUACAAUAAUGUCUAAUUCAUAUUUCUGAUUCUAAUAAUUUUAUUAAUGAAUUAAAAGGCAUCAUUCCUUUACAUUUCACUGUUUAGGGCAAAAAGGUUAAAACAGCUGCUAUGCUGCUGCAAUGCUGAUAAGAAAUGCCUAUUCCAAAAAAUGGAUUUAGUCUGACCCUAAUGAAUGGUUAAGACAAUUUAAACACUACUGGACGUAAUAAACCAGAAACCUGCAAGCACAAUACAUUUGUAGGUGUAAUAAAUUUACAAUUUAUUAUGUUGAAGUUUUAUAAAGGUCCUGGUUAUAUCUAAGGCUUUGUAAAGCAUUGUAUGUGGGCGUCUAGUAUUCAGACACAUGCAAUGUUUGGGGCUCUCUGGCUGUUUCAACCUGGCAUGUUGCAGGAUGACUCAGUGUUUGAGCUCAAAGCAACACAGAAUGCCUGAUGCAGGAGGUCCAGGAAGAAAGGACAUAACUACUGAACACACAGAAGGGAGAUUAUCAUCACAACCUUUCCCUUUGCCCCUAUCUCUUUCAGCAACUGACCUAGUUCUGCCUUGCCCUGUACGUUUACUUAGAUCAAGGGAGAACUAUUAUGGCACAACUUCCACGACCAAGCACUCUCUCCUGAUUGUUGCUAAAAGGCAUAAAUUAGAUGAAGCAUCAUAACGCUUCCUCUGUUCAGCUGAAGUGAUCAGUUUCUGAUAUAAAUGGAGGUCAAGUCUAGUGAAGUUUUGACAGUGCAUCCCAUUGUGUUUCAAGGUUCCUCUUCGUGAUUCCAAUGCUAAUAAGUAUGACAUGGUGAAUGUUCCUUGAAGCAGCAGCUGAUCACUGAUUAGAGACAGCAUCAUUUGAAGUACCAGCCACUAAACCAUCUGCAGCCAGCCUUUCUGAUGAGCUUUAAUGGAGCAUUUUAAGCUUUAGUGGAGCAAUUAGCUGUUUAACAAGUCUCUGGGAGGGUGUUCCCAGCAAUGACUUUAACACUUUUAUCAGAAUGGUACCUUGCACUAAACAUUUGCUAAAUUCCGUAUAGGAUUCCUCCUUUGACAUGCCAGAGAUUUAUUAUUACCUGUUGCUUAAAAUUACCCCCACUGACGCUUAUUUAAUAAUAAUAAUUAAGAAUUGAUAAUGAACAAUUUAAAAUGUUAUUACCAGGUAGAUUUUAUUUGCCCAAGUUUCUUGCACAUCUAUAUAUUACUAAAACUCUAAUUUUGUUUGUGAUUCUGCAUGCGUGUGUGCGUAUGUGCUCCCGGAACUAUGCCAAAACUAUGCCAAAACUAUGUUAUAUUUUACAAGUUAUUCACAUUUUUAACUUUUCAAAAUCCAGUUUGAAGUUGAUGUUGCAGUGGCAGUUUGCAGCUAUGAUGUCACAAUAGGAUCUCAUUUACAUAAACUGCCCGUCAACAGUGU